AUGCGCUGAGGAAACUGGCUGAGGUGUCAACAUUGUUUCACUCAGUCCAGCAAAAAUCAAAAAAAAAAAGAAGGAAAUGGGAGGAUUUAGUUCGUGUCCUGUGGGGAAAUUUUUCUUUUUCUGAUGAAGCUAAGAUGAAGUUCACUGGCUGUUUGGGGAUAAUGGCUUCCAGUUUGAUUCUGUUACUGGUUUGCUCCUUGACUUUCUUCUCCUGUGUGAGCGGCUGUGAUUACAGCUGUCCAGAUAAUCCUGUGAUGACUCCGUCCAGGCUGGUGGUGAAGUUCGGUGAUCCAGCCUCUGCUACAUGUGUAGCCUGUCAGCAGGCCUGUUUUCCCCUGGAUGACAGUAUUAGAAAUAUGGAAGCUUCUCUUGGAACUUCUAACAUAAAUGGAAGCACAGUGACCUGGACAGUGAACCAAAUGACUGAGUGGAAUUUAACUCCAAAGUGCUACUAUACUACCAUAAUGAAUGAUCAGUGUUGCACUGACCUGCCUGUUACUGUCUACAAACCUCCAGAAAGUGUGUCCUUCAGCUUAAACCCCUCUGGACCUCUGACUGAGGGUUCAGAGGUCACGCUGCAGUGUGAUGUACAGAACGUCGCUCCGGCUGAAAACCUCACUGUGACCUUUUACAGAGGUCACACGCUUCUGGGUCAAGUGAAAAGCAGCAAUACUGCAAAGAAACCAGUUAAUGAGAUAUUUUCUAUGAGCUACAACAACACAAAAGAAGAUAAUGGAGUCCAGUUCUGGUGUGAAGCCAAGCUGGAACUGGUUGUUGAAGGACCACAGCCCCCUCUAGUGGUGAAAUCAAAUGAGACUACAGUUGUUUGGAAGACAAACCCCAAGCCCAGUCGGAAACUUUGCAGGUUCAUCCUCUGCUUGACGCUGUUAGUCGCUGCUUCUGUUUGAGUCAGAGUUCGCUAAGAUGCGCUGAUAAACUGAAAUCAGUCAAAUCAGCAGUUCUGACUUUCAGGGUGAUGUGUGUUUCCUUGUAUAGUUACAUUUUAUUUGGCUCAGCUCUUUUUU